AUGAGCCACCACCACCCGUCUCCCCAAACCGCCUUCCCGGUGGGGACCUCAGUUCCCUCGCUGUGCCAGCUGCUUGGUGAAAGGGACCUCGGGCGUUCGCCGGCCUCUGCCACCAGCUCGGGAAGCCCUGGACGGAUCUGGGGCUUAAAAGCGCCAGUUUUCCAGGUCCCGGGUCUGGCAACCAGGGAGCUCCCGGCCCGGGCACCGCGAAAACCCGGAGAGGCUGCGCCCGGGACAUGCAUUCUCGCCAUCCCUCUGGUGCUGCGACUGGCUCAGCCACUAUUCGGCGCCGAGCCGAGGUUCAGCCAGCCCAGCCAAGAGGGGUCCCGACCCUCCAGGAAGACCAAGGACGCGGCGCCCAAGCCCGAACGCGGCAGGGACAAGAGCGCUGGGUGGGCAGAGCCAGGGCUGAAGCAGCAGGCUCGGCCCGGAGGAUCCCGGCGCGUCUCGGCUCCGCCUCCGGCCCUGGCCGCUUUCCCCGGCCCGGGUCGGGUCUUCCAUUCCACUGUUUGUCUCGGAGAGGUCGGAGACGUGCUCGGUGCACAGGGGGCCGGAUGCGGUCAUAAAUCUUCAUGCGGGACCUCCUUCCCGUCGCUCACACGCCGGUGCUCCUGGCCGCCCUGGCAUCCCGGGCUGCACUGGGCGCCCUGCUCUCCCCGCCAUGGCCUGGGGUUCCCUGGAGCGGCGCGGGGAGUCAAGGCCGGAGCGUCCCCAUUCGCCAAAGAGAGGGAACAGCCUCGCCCCGUUCUGUGCCACCGCCUUCCAUCCCCGAGGUUGCUGGACCCUGAGGCUGCCCGGGCCUCACUGGAUCUCCGCCUGGGAGGGGCGGGGAACAAGCCUUCUGGCGGGUACCUCGCAUCAGCCGAGCAGAGCAGGCCACGCGCCAGAUCAGGGACAAUCACCUCCAAAUGGUCUUUGCUCUUUGCUCGGGACUUCGGUGGGGACAGCCGAGAGAGGGGGAGGCCUUCACCCCCUCGUAGGCACCUCCCCCUCACCGUGCCAGUGACACAACUGCAACGGCCCCGGGGCAGAUGCCGGAGGUGGAAGGUUUGGAAACCUCGGCCCGGCCCGAAACGAUCUUACUGUGGGAGCUUCGCUCCUUCCUAGAAUUUCUAGAAGCACAUUCGGAAGGAUCGCGAGGGCUUCGGCAGGGCCCGGAGGAAUUCGAGCGCUCGCCCCGCCGCCCGGGAGCGGAUGAGGCUGCCCAGCCGCAUUCCGGCCGUGCCUCCCCGCCUCGGCCCCGGCCCCCGCCGAGGCGCCCCAGGAAGCGUCUCCGAAAACAAAGCUCUGCGGUUUCAGCCCAAGGUUAAAGUCCACCACGAGCGUGUUUUUUUCCCCCCCUCCGGAAUCCGAGAGCGAUAGCGUUUCUCCAAAUAAACCGCCAAUAAAUCAGC